AUGGCAUCCGAGCACGACGAUACCGAUGAUGAUCACCCCACCAUCAUCCCAUCCAACCCUGCAUACACUCUGAACAAUUCUGAUAACCCACAAACCUCUUCUGUUUCUAAAGAUUCCGACACGAGUAUAACAACAUAUUACACUCAAUUCAAAAGCCUUUUCGAUGAGCUUGAUGAACUCCAAUCGAUAUCAGAUUGCAACUGUGGAGCCUCCAAAUCUUUAACCAAAAGAGAUGAUGAGCGUAUUAACACUACUGCAACUUUAGCCUUUCACUCAUCCAAACAUGACAAAUCAAAGUGGUGUGAAUAUCCGAAACUCAAGUGUGAUCACUGUAGUAAGAAUGGCCAUGUCAAAGACAAGUGUUUAAAAAUCGUUGGAUAUCCUGAACAUUGGGAAACCAGAAGACCUUUAAGAAGAGAUCACAACAAGCAUGGAUGUUCACGAUGUUCUGCAUCACUUGACAAACGUGAUAUCACAGAAGGUUUGACAUUAGGGCACACUCUUCAUGGAACGCACACCAGAACUCCAGUCCCACCCCUCGAUAUCAUGUACAUGCAAACAAUACAUGAAUACUUGAUAGUGGUGAAUCCCAUCAUAUGA